AUGACUUUCGGCGAAGCGAACGAGAAGUCGUUCAUGCACAGAGUCGGCUGCUCCGAGGAGGAGUCGUUCGCGAUCAUGAAUCGCGCCCUCGAAGCGGGGAUCAACUUCUUCGACACCGCCGACGUGUACGGACAAGACGGCUUGACCGAACGCGUGAUCGGCAAGUGGUUCGAGAAAGACAAACGACGCGACGACGUGGUGCUCGCCACGAAGUUCCGCUUCAAAAUGGGCGACGGCCCCAACUCGACCGGCGCAUCUCGCUACCGCAUUCGAAAGACGGUGGAGGACAGCCUUCGCCGCCUAAAAACCGACCGCAUCGAUCUCUACCAAAUCCACAUGCAGGACUUCGACACGCCGGAGGAAGAGACCCUUCGUGCACUCGACGAUCUCGUGCGGUCCGGCAAGGUGCUCUACAUCGGUGCGAGUAACUACGCCGCGUAUCGAUUGGUCGACAGCAUCUGGACGAGCCGCCGGGAGCGACUGGAACGCUUCGUCGCCCUGCAAGCGCAGUACAGCCUCGUCGUCCGCGAGCUGGAACGCGAACACGUUCCGGCGUGCGAACAGCACGGUCUAUCAAUCCUCCCAUGGUCACCGUUGGCCGGUGGUUUCCUGUCCGGGAAGUACAAGAAAGACGGCGCCUCGCCGGAAGGCUCGCGAUUGGAUGUCUGGAAGGAACGCCGCGAACGUUUCGACAACCCACGUAACUGGCGAAUUCUCGAUGCCGUCGAUGAUGUCGCGAAAAGCGUGGACGCAACGCCCGCACAGAUCGCCCUCGCCUGGCUGUUGAAGAAACGAACCGUCGCUUCGGUGAUUUUCGGCGCUCGCUCGAUCGCGCAACUCGAAGACAACCUUCGCGCUGCCGAGAUCAAUCUCGACGACGCCGCGAUGGAGAAACUCGAUACCGCGAGUUCGUACGAAGUUGGGUACCCGUACGACUUCAUGGGACGCGUUCAGUCCCGCUGGUAG